CCACGACCUCCUUCCGCCUUUCAGUUGUUUCCUCCACGCCAAGAUAACUCUCUCUCUCUCUCUCUCUCUCUCUCGCGGAGGUAUCGAACCCUUUAGCCUUUUCGACCGUGGAGUGCCCGAGAACGGAUUUCACCUUAAUCCGUUUUUGAUUAUUGGAUUGAAAAAUCGGUUUCUCUGGUGGGUUCAUUUGCUUCUGAUCUCAAUCGGCUUCCACAAGCGAAAAUCAGUUUCUAUUGCUAAUUUGCCCCAAUCUUUAUCUCUUUAUGAUGCUUUAGUACUGGUCAGUCUUCUUCAUCUUGCUUCAACUUUGAUGAAAGCAUCUGUUCCAAUUCUGCAUUAGAGAUGAGCUGCCAGUUGAGUGGCAGUAGUGGUGAUGCUCCAGAGUCUUUGAAUAAUGGGGGGACUUUAUCGGAGGACAAAGGUUGCUCUGGUUAUGCAUCACCUGUUUUUGUUAGUGGAUGGAUGUAUGUUAAUGAAAGUGGCCAAAUGUGUGGUCCUUAUAUUCAGCAGCAGUUAUAUGAAGGUUUAUUGACUGGUUUCCUUCCUGAUGAGCUGCCCGUGUAUCCUGUGGUUAAUGGAACAUUAAUCAACCCCAUCCCACUGAAGUACUUCAAGCAGUUCCCUGAUCAUGUUGCCACAGGGUUUGCAUAUCUGAGGUCCAGCACCUCAACUAUGAUCUCACCUAAAUCUUCUGUUCAUCAGAACUCAGAUUUAGUACCCGACUUGCUUGGCAACUACAAGAAUCUGCACCAGUCUAAGUCAAACCCUGAGGCAGCUAACCAAAGCAUAGAACUUUCGCUGCUGUCUGGUGAAGAUCGUUGUUGGUUGUUUGAGGAUGAUGAGGGGAGGAAACAUGGACCGCAUUCUCUUCUAGAAAUUUAUUCUUGGCAUCACUAUGGAUAUCUAUCUGACUUAGUAAUGUUAUACCAUGCUGAGAAUAAGUUUAAGCCCUCUAUGUUGCAAUCCGUCGUAAAUGCGUGGGAGAAAAGUAAACCUGAUUUUCCAUCUGCUUCUGAUGCUGAAAACAAUUUUGGCUCUUCGAUGAGCUUCAUAGAUGAAAUUUCUGAGGAAGUUUCUUGUCAUCUUUAUUCUGGAAUAAUGAAAGCAGCUCGUAGAGUUGUAUUGGAUGAGGUCUUUGGCACUAUAAUUUCAGAGUUUAUUGUUGCAAGGAAAGCACAGAGAAAACUGGAUCAUCUGCCUGCAAUUAUUAGCUCUCCUGUCAUCAGAAAGUCAGAAACUGCUGGUCAAAGGAUAUGUAAAUCUGCUGGGUCUGACACAGCCUGUCCCUCUGUUUAUGAUCAGACAUGUGUUAAUGAGACAUCUUCGUGGUCUCCAUCCAUCACAAAAUCUGUUGGAAGUUUUGACAACCUCUUGGGGUCUUGUGCUGUUGUUUGUAGAAUGCUUUUUGAUUACUGCUCUCAAGUGAUGUGGAAUGCUGUCUUUUAUGAUACUAUCGCUGAGUUUUCCUCUUCUUGGAGGAGGAGAAAGAUUUGGUUUGGUCCUUCGAAUAUUAGUUUACCUUCUGAUAGUGGAUGUUAUGGCAUCAAUAAACUCCUUGACGAAGCAGAGUCCUCUGCUUCUGAUAUUGAUUGCCCACCUGGUUUUGAGCCAAUGACAAUUGAAAGAGAUAAUAACGCAGAGUCAUCUGUCAUGGCUUCAUCUACGCUUGUGGAAGAAAAGUCUCCUAACUGGAGUAGCAUGCACAAGAACAUUGUGUAUGACGAUGUAAUAUCCAUUUUUGAGAGUCUUGAAGAGGAGCUCCAUCUGUCUGCAAAGGUUUUCAUACCUGAGUUUGUUGAAAUUCUUGUUGAGGAAGAAGUAAUGAAAGUAACAAAUAUUUCACAAGAUGAGAAUCUGAAUAAGGACACUGUCAAGUCUUCAAUUCAUGGUCUGAAUGCUAGUGACCCCAGUUCUUUAAGCAUGCAUGAUGAAUUAACGAUUGAUUCUGACGGAUUGGGUUUGGAGGCAAAUUUUACCAAUAAUUCUCUAAGUGGAUUUCAUGAUCCCGUGCAUCAAAUUGUACCUGAAAGCUCUAUGUCUAACAUUUUGGAAAGUGCGUUUAGAAAAUCACAGAUGCAUGUAGACAAAGUGGUUUACAAUGCAAAAGGUGAUGAACCACCACCACCAGGUUUGGAAAACGAUAAUAUGACUAUUGCACCAUCACUUGCUAAAGUCUGCCCUUCAAGAUCAAAUGAGUGUGCUCCUAAGAUUGGAGCAUAUUUUGCCAUGGCAAUGUGCCGACUUAAAUUGCAUGAUUGUGUUCUUGAAGAAUGCAAAUCAUUGUUCCUUGGUGGUGCUCUUCAUCAAUAUCUAGUAUCUUGGCAUACUUCUAGAAAGUGCCAUGAUCUCUAUUUCAGUCAGGAAAUAACUUGCAACAAAGAGCAUCAUGGUGAUAUUCUUAGUGUACCGGAGAAAGUAAGGGAAAGAUCAAAGAAAGUUUACAGUUCAGGUUGUUCAGAAGGGUCUCUCACUACUACUGGGAAAUAUACAUAUUACCGCAAGAAAAAGUCAUCAUUGAAGAAGGUAGGAUCAUCUUCCUUGUGCACUACUCCAUGUGGCAAUACGUUACAAAAUCUAUCUGUGGAGAGGUCGAGGGAGCUGGAUGUUAUGAGAGAUGCAAGUCCAAGGAGGACUGAAACACGAAAUGGCUGUACUGAUCCAUCUCUUAGUGCCUGGCCUUUGAAAACCACUGUUAAAAGUAGUUCACAAAGUGAUCGCCCAGUACUCAGAAAUGUUGGUUUCCGAAAAAUUAUCAAGUUUUCUCAUUCAGUUCAAAGGGAUGAGAUAAAAGAAGAUGCAGUGAAACGCUUUCGGAAGAGUGUUCCAAAGGACAGUGACUUUGAGAGUCAUAACCAUGAUCUCAGAAAUGAUGAAUUGGGUACUCAUGAGCAAUCAGAAAAGAAACUAAAUGCAACUAAAUUACCAAAGCUGAAACGGAAGCGGGCAAUGGAUGGUUCGCUGGGUCAUUAUCCUGCAAAGGUUUUUAAAGCAGUGAAUGGGGCUACUAAACAAGCAGCUGGUAAAAAGUUUGCGUUAGGGAAAAUCAAGUCCGAUAAAUUGAAAAAACCAAAUAUUUGCCCUAGGUCUGAUGGAUGUGCAAGGUCUUCAAUUAAUGGCUGGGAGUGGCGUAAAUGGUCAAUAAAAGCAAGUCCUGCUGAAAGAGCUCGCAUUAGAGGAAUUCAGUACAUUUAUGGCAAGAAUUUUGGUUCUGAGGCUAGUUCAUCUCAGUUGUCAAAUAGCAAGUCUCUUUCUGCAAGAACAAACAGGGUCAAAAUGCGCAAUCUUCUUGCUGCUGCUGAAGGAGCUGACCUUUUGAAAGCCACUCAAUUGAAGGCGAGAAAAAAGCGCUUGCGUUUCCAGCAGAGCAAGAUACACGAUUGGGGUCUUGUUGCGCUAGAGCCAAUUGAGGCUGAGGACUUUGUCAUUGAGUACGUCGGGGAAUUAAUUCGUCCGCGAAUAUCCGAUAUACGUGAACGUCUUUAUGAGAAGAUGGGUAUUGGCAGCAGUUAUCUUUUUAGACUUGAUGAUGGUUACGUGGUUGAUGCGACAAAGCGUGGUGGCAUUGCUAGAUUUAUAAACCAUUCUUGCGAGCCCAACUGCUACACAAAGGUUAUAAGCGUUGAAAGUCAAAAGAAGAUUUUCAUCUAUGCGAAACGACAUAUAGCUGCAGGAGAAGAAAUUACUUAUAAUUACAAAUUUCCUUUGGAGGAGAAAAAGAUACCCUGCAACUGUGGUUCUAGGAGGUGUCGUGGAUCUCUGAAUUAGAGUAUUGUGGUUUGCAAGUUGAGGCCAUGACUUGGUUUCAGUCCCCGGGUGUUCCAUUUUGCCAAUUAUUGGUGUCUUAGCUUCAUCCACUUGGAACAAUUUGGCUGGUUCUCUGAAAUUUUGGUGGAUGUUGUAACCAGAUGACUUGACUGCCGAGUAAGCUUCAGAGUGGAUAUGGCCAGGUUUCUUCAUUCCUUGUGUAUAGGAACAUGAAUUUGGUAGAAGAAAAUGUAGUUACAAGUGCAGUGAGAAACCGUAGAUGAUACUUCCACACUUGAUUGCAAAUACGUCAGCCACGUUUCUCAUAGGUUUUUGGUUGCAUCAGUCAAAAGGCCGGGUAUCUAAUAGUGGCAAUCUUAUUGCUUUGAUUUUUGUAGCCGACUUGUUGGAGGUGAUUUAUAGGCUACUGCAUUCUAGUAGGCCUUUUCCUGAUGCAGAUGAGUUUCUUCUCCCGGGAACUCUAAAUCAGUUCAUGGUUUUCUUACUUAAAGUCAGACUUUUGGAAUUCCAAUUUUUGUGUACAGACAUGCAUUAUUUCUCUAUGCAAUAUAAAUGAACUUUUAACAAAAAUUUGAAAAACUUUGCAGAUGACUUUGAUGGUUCUGUAAGUAAUUUCUAUUAAUAUUGAAGAGUUAUAUACCCUUGCAACUCAUUACAUCUUAAUCUCAAAGCUGUGUGCUGAAUCUGAGUGAAGAAAUCUGAUAUAUCUUCACCCCGAUGUCCCAUAACCAAUAUAAACGGCAGCAAGGCUUAAUCAAGAGGGCUAGUAGCAAACCAUUUGUUUUUACAGAAUGGAUUUGAUUGAUCCAUGAAAUUGAAGUAUUCUUCAUGAGCUCCCACAAUAACGGUUAAACUUAACAAGCUUGUUGGUGAAUUCUUUUUUACGUUUUACUUUUGCGUAGAUUAUGUGGCCAUUUAAAAUGUGAAAAUAAAGACUGUUGUUGCAUCUUGCUGAUGGGGCUUUGGGGGACUUGCUGAUUAAAUAUAUAAGCAAUAGCCCAAUGUUGAUGAGGUGAUACUAUCUUAUUGUUUUUAGGAUGACGGUGGCUACAAAAUGUGUAUAAAGGAAGUAGCACUUGCAAUGUCUUCAACAAGACUCAGACAACAAAAUUCUUCUUGUUGAUAAGAAUCCAAAUUUACCUAUGGAGACUGAGAAAUACUCAUUAACUAGCGGUUGAAAGUUGACAAUGGCUUUAGGCAGCAGCAUCAUGAGAAUGAUUGCAUAUCAUGUCUUCCAAAGUUUGGAUGUACCUUGUAUGUAUUACUUCUAGUUAUUUACUAUAUUUGUUCAAUUCGUUGUUUGCAGGGAUAGACCAAGUAGAAACAGCGUCUUAGCUGCUGGGGCUAGGGGGAAGGUGUCUCCAGGCCCUCUGGUAUGUUUCCGCUGCCCCCUCCUUUCUUUAUCAACUUCACAGGUGACUAGACUUUGUUGGCUUGGAUUGUAAUAAUUAUGGAAACUCUCCUUGCCCAAUCAUGUUAUCAAAUGGCAAAUACAAAGCAAAAUGAAGGUAGAGGGGCGGGGCAAGCUACCAACAAGUUUGUGCUUUUCCAUUCUCGGAGUAAAAAAAAA